AUGGAGGUUCUUUGGGAAGAAGAGCUGAAACGAAGUCCUCAAAGUCCUUCGCUUUUUCGUGCUUUAUUCCGAUUCAUCAAAACGCGACUAUGGGCUGCUUGCGGCGUGUUCCUUUUUUGCUUGAUUUUUGGAUUUAUUGGUCCAACUUGCCUUAUACGAGGUCUUGUGCAAUUUGCCGAGCGCCCACCAAUGAAAGGUGAACCCGUGAAUUAUCGUCUAGGCAUCUCUCUAGUUGUCGCUAUCACAAUUGUAAGUACUGUUUCCUUCCAUUUACACUUUGCUUAA